GGGACCGAGAAAUCUUCCGACAGAACCCCUCAUAUAAAAAGCUACAUAUACCGCGAUUUUGGCCAUUCAUUCAUACCAAGUGUAGACUUUACGUCGUACAAUCCAACCAGUAGGGUUAAGUUUCAAAAUGGUUAUUUUCAAAGUGAGUUGUCUAGUCUUACUAUUAGCGGUCAGUGAAGUGCUUAGCGAUGAUUUAGAUAGCAGUAAAGAAUCUGAUUUGGAGGGUGCGGAAACCGCUUUUUUGGCAAAGAAAAUAUUGCUUCUGAAAGGACUGGGAUUAGGUGGAGUUCUAUUGGCAUCGCAAAAUUCUGGCUCUGGAAGUUCCGGUUUCAGUGGAUUGGGUGGAUUAGGAGGACUGGGGCAGUUAACCAGUCAAUUCAGCAGUAAAUUUAGCGGCCUGGGCGGAGGAAGUAGCAGUUAUUCCGCUCCACCUCCUCCUCCACCACCGACUUACAGCAGCUACAGUUCCAAUUACGUUUCUGUUCCUGCUCCACAGCCAACUUAUGAAACCUACAGUGCGAAUUACGUGGCCGCUCCAGUCCAAGCUCCUCCUCCACCACCACCACCACCAUCCUACACGACCUACAGUGCUAACUACGUAGCCGCCCCAGCUCAAGCUCCUCCACCACCACCACCUCCACCACAACCCGCAGUAACUUAUUCCGCUCCAGCACCAGCUCCAGUGCCGUACGCCGACGUUCCCGCUUCGGCUCCAGUUGCUACAGGAUACAACGGAAACUUCCAACUGAUUGGUAUUUUGACACCUGUUCAACCAGUUCAAGCACCGGCACCGGUCAGCUAUUCCAGUCAAGUUUCAACCGGUUACUAUGGAGCAUCAGGUUCCGUAUCUUCCGGUCAGCCAUGUGACAAUUAACUGUUAGUAGUACCGCAUCAUAAAGUGUUCAAAUCUACUUCGAUUACCAUGGGUAAAACCAUUUUUCAGGGAUACAAAAAUGCUCGUAAUGAUUUAUGAUCUGAUAUUCUGUAACUAGACUUAGCUUAAAGAACUGACUCUUGAGACUAUCUUCUAAAAAAACUAUUUUCAACAUUUAUCAGCACAGCAUCCGAUUAUAUCGACCAAAGCGAAUCAUUGAAGUAAAAUAUAUUUACCAUCACCAUUGGUGGAAACGAAACCAAA